AUGUCUCACUUUGCGACGCCUUUAAUUGUGAUCAAUCUGGGCUGUGAAAUGGUAUACGUUAUUGAACAAAGAUUAAAGAUGCAAAAAAUACCAUUGAGUAAAUCGGAAAAAGUGUUAACAGAAAUAGUUACGGUUCUACUACACCCGAAGCUAAUGGAAGAUCUAUUUUUACCUCAACCGAUAGCACCGCACGCAGUAAUUAAACAAUUAAUAUCAGAUAUUUCUGCUUCUUCUAUUAUGAAACUGGAUGACUAUUCUACCAACAAAUUAUGGGAUUUAAUAACAAUGAUAUUUAAAUGGCAAAUAUCGGUCGGAACAAAUCAAAAUAUUUUUGACAUUACCCGGCGACAUCUAUCUGGUAUUGCAGCACUUAUGCCGAUGACUUUCCCUAAAAAUAUAUUUAAAGAGGCAAAUGACAACUUUGAUACGCUAAUAAGGAAACUUUCCGAUGAUGAUUAUAAAAGUUUAAGUAACACAAUAACACUUUGGUUUACUGAAUAUCACUCGAAAAUAUCCGUUUUAUUAAGGUUAGGACUUCAGAAUAGAGAUGGAUCUAUCAAAUUGCCUGCUAUGAUAAAUAUAAAGUUCCUAAAGAAUCUUGGUGAAAACAUUUAUAAACACGAUAAAAAAACCUAUAUUGAUGACUAUGAAGUUACUUGCUGCGAUGAUAAUGAAAUCAACUGUCUAUUAGCUCCAAUAGAAUCAGUUUCACCAAAAAAAAUUCAAGGCUCUUUCAACAACGCGGAGAUCAAUGGAUCUCUUUUAAAUAACAUCGAAAUAAGUCACGUUAAUGUAUUUAACAAUGAUCUUAAUUUUAUACCAACUGUUCCGAGAUCUACAAAUGAAGAUCUUCUUGAAAUGUUAAAGAAUGAAGCCUAAACGAGUGCAAAAUUUAUUAAGUGGUAACAUUCUUGUUUUAAACGAUUUAAUUUUCUUUGGUCGGGGAAUUCCAAAACAUUUUUUAUGUCAAAUUUUCUAAGAAAUACUUAAUUGUAUAAAUGUAUAUUAAAUUAUGAAUGGUCAAUGAAUGUUACAAUUCUGUAACAACAUACAAUUUACUCAAGUUAGCUUUUGUUGCAUUAUGAAUCUCUAACAGAACUUCGUCACUUCCGGCAAAAGGGAUGUUUUGUGCUGUUAUGCCUAAUUUACAUACCUAUAUUUCAAUACUCUUACCUUUUACUAUCCCAAUCCAAAGCAAGUCCUCAAGUCCUCAGUCAAAUAAUGCAGUCUUUGCAGAUUGUGAAACUCAAUCAGAUGUUAGUGCUUUGGGAUUCCACAAUUAGAUAAUUUCCAUAAAAAGCCCAGACAUUAAACAAAAAGUGACUCGGAGAACGAAUGAUGAAACGGGUUAUUUCAAUUUAAAUAUUCCAUUAUAAAAACGACAUAAAUCUAAAGUUACCAAAUAUAAUAGUCUUUUUGUAUGUUGAUUAUAAGAAAUUCUAAUUCAAACUUUUUCUGACCAUAAUAACGUUUUCUAAAAAUAAUUUACCCUAGCCAUCUUUAAAUCCAGUACAAAGAGGAAAGUUUUCAAAUGCACUCUCUAACUUCUGCGCAUUGAAAAAACAUUGUCAUUACUAAAUAAAACAUGUCUUUUAUUAAAAAAAUAUGUAUUUUAAAGUAAGAAAUCUUUGUUAUUUACAAAACAAGCUUGUUAUAUUUACAGUCAAAGGCAUAUUGAUAAAAUUAUAGUAAAAAGAAAUGAAAAACCUCUCGGAUUAAGUUAGUUUACUAAUUGCAUUUAAUUGUUAGUUUUAACUCCUGAACAUAAAAUUUGAGUAAAAACUUGCAGUGAAACAAAUACAGUAAUGUGUUUUUCAUUCCCAACUACUUACAGGUCUAACAUAUUUUAACAAUUUUAAUGUUAUAGAAGGUUGGCUUUCCGUAGAGGGCGUCCAUAAAUUAUGUGAGGUGUUUAAGGGGGGGAGGGGGUCCAGUCAACUCUCAUUUUAUCUUA